GCUCAUUUAAAGUCGUGACGACACCGCGCGCACAGCGAUGAACUUCGACGACAACCGCAAGAUCGGCACGCUGCUCCUGGGCCUGGGCUUUGCUUUCUUGUUCCUAGGAGUCAUGCUUUUCUUCGACUCUGCGCUCCUCGCUAUCGGUGAUGUUCUAUUCCUCUCGGGUCUCGCGCUCACGAUCGGCCUGACACGAACAAUCAAAUUCUUCACGCGGCCGGAACGCUGGCGCGGCAUUGUGUGUUUUCUGGGUGGCAUCGUCCUCGUCAUGGUUCGUUGGCCGAUCAUCGGUAUGAUUGUGCAAUCGUUUGGGUUCUUGAACCUCUUUGGGUCGUUCUUCCCCGUGGCAGUGGCAUUCCUACGUCAGACCCCCGUCAUUGGCACCGUCCUGAACCUCCCUGUGAUCAGCGACAUUGUCGACAAACUCGCGGGCGCGCAGAAACGAGGAUAUCAAGUAUAACACGCAAUUGGUUCCUUGUUCCA